AGACAAAGAGAGUGGGCGCUCAUUGGCUCCGGCCGUGUGCGCUCUGUUGUCCCCCAGCGAGGGGAGCUCUGCCCCUAUUCACAUGUUAAUGAGCCCCUAUAAAUACUAACAACAGCCACUCAGUGCCAGCAGCACGACUCACUAGGAUUGCACAAUAAGCACAGGGCGCCUCGCCUCGCCUGCGAUUUUUUCCCCCCUUCUUCCUGAAACCGGUUCUGUUUGCCAGCUGCCCCCUCACUGACGACUGUGCGUGGGGAAAAAAGGCAACAGUGGGAGAAGCCACAGAAGCGGCGAUCCAACCCAACAUGGCCCCUUCGGCUCGGCCCAGCAACAACGGACUUGAUAUGGAAGAAGAUGAGUCCGAUUACGGGAUUCAGAAAACGGACAGAAAGACUCGGAAACCUCUGGUGGAGAAGAAGAGACGAGCGCGCAUCAAUGAGAGUUUGCAGGAGCUGCGGACUCUGCUGGCAGACACAGACUUUCAUUCCAAGAUGGAGAACGCAGAGGUGCUGGAGAUGACGGUGAAGAAAGUGGAGGACGUCCUGAAGAACCGAAACCAAGAAACAGAUGCACUGAACCGGGAGGCCAGUGAGAGGUUUGCAGCCGGCUACAUCCAGUGCAUGCACGAGGUCCACAUGUUUGUGUCCAGCUGUCCCGGUAUAGAUGCAACGGUGGCAGCGGAGCUCCUCAACCACCUGCUGGAGUGUAUGCCCCUGAAUGAGGACCACCUCCAGGACGUGCUGAUGGAUCUAAUUCACGACACCCCUGGGAGUAACGGCAGCACUUGGCACGGAGGAGGCGAGGCGCUUUGCGCCACUCUGGCUUCACCUGGAGGAAGGAGUCUGUCCAGCGGCUCGUCCUCUGCCCUCUCCCCGGCACCUUCCACCACGUCCAGUGAGGACCUGUGCUCCGACCUGGACGAGACCGAUAGCGAGCACAACCAGAGCUCCACUGAGGUCUUGGAGAACAGGGAGUCCUUGAGCAUGCCAACCAUGACCUACCCACGGUCUAUGUGGAGACCCUGGUAGGGGUCUGGGGUUUGGUAGGGAUAUGUUGAAGCAGGGUUUGUGGUCUUUCUUUUAAGAUUUGACUCUGGGCCUCUUGCUGGAAGGGAAAAGUCCACCCUACAUCACAUGAACUCUUUAAAAACAACCGUUUUUGGUGGUGUACCUUGUAUUUUUGGGCUCAUUUAUCCCGGCAGAUAACAGCCACAUGGAUCUUUUUUCUCUAUCCCCCAUGUUGAUGUUCAAAAGUUCUAAAAAAAAGAGAGACCACAGAGGAACCAUGACCUUGGCUUUACUCUGCACCCACAAUUGAAGCAAGUUUGUGGCCUUUUCUUAGGAAACCUGGGAAAUGUAGGACAAAAAAAAAAAAAAAAAAACACUCCUUAAGUGCUUUGGAUAAGAGCAGAAAAAUGUCUAACAGAAGGUUAAAGGGUGGAGUGUUCCUUUAUCUCAUUAGAGGGGCCCUCCCUCUCAAGAGCCCCCGCAGCAGCUUGGGGCACUCCUGAAAGUACUCCUCCCUUCCCUUCUCUGACUCCCCUUGUUUUGAGUCCUCUGUUGUGACUUUUCUUUCACACCUGGAGCAAGACGAAACCUUCCCUCUCAACACUUGCUCAUAACCCGACAAAGGACAGUCGAGGAACAGUUCAAGAUCACACUUUUUUAUGUCAAUAACUCUGUGUAUAUAGGAUUUGUAUGUGGAGAAAAGCUCUUUUAGAAACUAAGAAGUUUGGCAAUGCCUCUGAUUAAUAUAAAUAUUUCUAUUAUAUUUCAUAAGACCUGUAGCUUAUUGGACCAGUAGCCUCCUUCAGAAUGACCACUUUAUGUUGUGAUAAUGUUUAGAAAUGCCAGUAAAGUGUCUGAAUUUGAUAAAUAAAAU